UGUCGUGUUCUUUUCUUGCCGGGCGAGAAACCGGCGAGUCGCCCACGAUUCGGCGCGCCACUCAGUGUCGAACUCACUCAUUGAGUCGCAGCUCGAUUCGAAAGAUGUGACCACCCUGUACUAGCACGGAUUUGAAGUAAAAAGGAGGCAUUCUCUCGUUUCCUGCCAUGUUGGCUUCUGAUCCGAGCUGAAGGACGCGAGGAAGAGGAGAAGAAGGUAUUUGAAGGCAUAUAUUUCGAACUUAUGUGCUGGUUUCAUUCACAUCCAUGUUACAGCUUUGGAAUGGUCAAAGGGGCAUUAAGGAUUGAAAUAACUUAAGUAUCCAUCUCUGGGAAAAUUUUCUUGCCCUGCUUUGAAAGAAGAGAUCAUUGUCCAUGAAUAAAUCUCCAAUAGGAUGUGAUGAGGGACCAGACUGCAAAGUUAGGACGCUAGGCUUUUGGGUUGGAGUAAUAGUUCAGUGUCUUGGGUCAAUUAUUAUUCUUAAAUAAGUUAUGGAGGCAGAGCCGUGCAGUGGUAGUAGCUCAGUAGUGGACAAGAAGAGAAAAAGGAAGAGGGAGGAGAGUAAUAGAAAUGUUUCAAAUCUUGGGAUGGAUAAAGAGAAUUAUUUUCCAGAGAAAAAUUCAUCGUUGAAUGUGAUUAUUUCUUUACCUUCCCCAGCUGAUUCAAGCUCAGCCCUGCUGAAUGUGAUUAUUUCUUUACCUUCCUCAGCUGAUUCUAAGGCUCAGCCAUGCAAUGAAUUAAAUCCUUUACCUGCAAACAGAAAGAAGAAGAAAAAGAAGAAGAAAAGAAAGAUCCAGGAAACAAGCACUACUCAAGGUGAUACUGGUGCAGAAGUCCCAUGUUCUGUACUGCAAGCUAAUGAGCUGGACGUUAAAUAUAAUAUAACAUGUUCCUCUGGCAAUUCCCAUCAAAUAUUGGAACAUGAGAAGAUCCGACCAACUGGUGACGCAAACUGCCUUACCAAAAGGCAAAUGAAAAGAAGGAGAAGAGAAAGUUGUGGAGGAGGGAAAAAAGAGGCAAAAGCCAAGGAGAAGGUCUCUGGGAAGAGUGAUACGCUCACUAAAAUCCCAAAUGAUGUUCCACAAAUCGCUGAAUUGGAUGAAAAUACUCUGAAGGAAUUUUCCUCGACCUGUGUUAAGCAAAGCGACAUUGAGAAGAAUUUGUGUUCAUUAGAAAAAGAAGAUGUACAUGGAGAAGCUCAUACCUUAUUGAGUGAUUUCAGCAGUAUGAGUACCUCUUCAAAGAAGAAAAGUGUCAAAAAGCUCAAAACCGAUCAUAGGAAAAAACCAUCAUCAAAGUUAACAACAGGAAGUGCGGACAUUUCUGAGGACCUUGUACAUAAAGAGACUUCCUUUCAUUCUGAUGAAGCUCGCAUCUCUCGUCUUUCAGACAGUAAACCAGAACAAGUAGAAGAAAGGAUACAAGUUACAUUAGCGCAGGCUUCCAUAAAAACUUCGAAAGCAGGGGCUUCAGUUGAUUCUGGGCGUGUUUCUUCGUGAGAACUCAAAUGGAAAUGGUGGCAAGGUAAAGAGGCAGAUCAAUGAAGGAAAUCCUUCGUCAGAAUUGUUGGUAUCUGAAGGUGAUAUUAAAUCAGAUAUUAAUAUCAACAAUGGAAGCAUGCCUUGGCAAAUUCCGGAUAUAUCGUUAGAGAGGACUAGCAUUGGACCUUCUAGAAAAAAGCUUCUUAUACUUGAUCUGAAUGGACUGUUGGCAGAUAUAAUUCCAUAUGUUGGCUUGGGAUGUAAACCAGACUUAAUUGUGUCAAGAAAAGCAGUAUUCAAAAGGCCCUUUGUUGAUGAUUUUGUACAAUUUUGCUUUGAGAAAUUUGCUGUUGGGGUUUGGUCUUCAAGGACAAAUUAUUCAUUUUACAGGAGAAAUGUGGAUCCAGUUGUAGACUUUAUUAUGGGCGACUCCAAAAGAAAAUUGCUUUUCUGUUGGACCAUUAAGAAAGAGCAAGGGCUACUUUUCAGUUCCUCAUCAGUUUGGUUACAGGAUCAGUCUCACUGUACUAUGACAAAGUUCUCUACCCUCGAGAAGAGGGAUAAGCCCCUGGUUUUGAAGGAACUUAGGAAAUUGUGGGAUAAGCUCGAGCCUAAUCUUCCAUGGGAGAAAGGAGCGUAUAAUGAGUCAAACACUUUGUUGUUGGAUGAUUCUCCAUACAAAGCCCUUCGCAAUCCGGCAAACACUGGAAUAUUUCCCUAUUCAUACCACUAUAGAGAUGCCAAAGACAAUUCUAUAGGACCUGGAGGUGACCUGCGGGUCUACCUAGAAAGCUUAGCUUUGGCCGACGAUGUUAGGAAGUAUGUGGAGCAGAAUCCAUUUGGUCAAAGAGCAAUCACAAAUUCAAAUCCAUCCUGGAACUAUUAUAAGAGGGUGUUAGCUUCGCACCCACCUGAAGAUGCUACUUCUAUAUCGAAUCAUGCAUUGGUUGAUGGAAUCGGCAUCGGCAGUGUUGGAUCAAGACAAACAACUUCCUCACCAAAAUCUGCCACGUGGAUGGACCGGGCUUUACCACAUAUUGGUGGUGAUCGAUAUGAUCCACUUUUUGACAGGAUUGAACCCUCUUCAAGUUCAGUCAAGAAAGUUGAAUGUGCACAUAAGGGGGAAUCAGUUUACGAUAGCGAUGUCAUUUUGAGGACCAGUGAUUCAAAAACGCCAGUAGAUGUGGAAGAGAACAAUAAAAGGAAAGAGAUUGGAGUCUUUGCUCCACCCAUAUCCGUAGAUGAUGAUGGGUUUGGUGAUACUGCAGGCGUGGAAGUUGGUGCAGUUGAGUAUGUGAGCGCCAGUAAUUUUAUUGAUGCAGCAGAUGCGACUGAGGUUGAGAUGGAGAUUGAUCAGAUUAAAUCCACUGGGAAGAGCAAGAAGCACAAGGAUUCUAGGUCAAUGAAGCCUUUCAAAAUUGCCCUUGUGGAUUUUGUGAAGGAAGUCCUACGGCCAUCAUGGCGGCGAGGGAAUAUGAGCAAAGAGGCAUAUAAGACCAUCUUGAAGAAAACUGUUGACAAAGUAACUGGAACUAUGAAGAGCCACCACAUUCCGAAAUCUCGAGCAGAGAUAAAUCACUACAUUGAUUCUUCACAACGCAAGCUGACAAAACUUGUGAUGCGAUAUGUUGAUAAGUAUGUCGACGUGUAGAUAUGAAACCGAUGGAUUUCAAGGCCAUAUGUAUCUAUCAUACCAGAGGUUUGGCUGAGCUGUGGACAAUUUGGAUGUUGAAGUGAUAUUGAGCAGAUAUUUCAACCCACCAACCGUUUGCUCUAGUCUAUGGAUGGGAGUAAAAAUUGAUUUUGAGGUUAGGGAAAGAAAGCACCCCAUUACUGCAGAGCCCGCUGGCAUAUUACCCGAUUCGGCUCAGACUUUUUGGUGGAUUCAUGUAAAAAGAUUCACUUGAUCCUGAAAGUAGCACAACCUCCUCUGGAAGUUUUAGCUCCCAAAGUCGGAUUCAUCUUUGUGAAGGUGUGUUAUCAAGGUUAUGUGAUGAGAGACUGACGGUCUUGUUCCUUGUUGUGAGCAUAUGUUUCAUAUAAUGUCACCCGACAAUGCAUGUUUCUUUUGUCAAGAUGUGCUCCAUUAGUACCAUAUAGCAAGAUGGACAGAAAAUUUAAUUUGAAUAGCUAAUGUAAUCGUCAUAGUAUCUCCCAUAAACAUCUUGUUUUCCAAAGCCGUAUGUAGAUCUUAUUCAUCUGAGAGACUUUUUUGACG